CUCUGACGCCCUCCAUCUCCUCCUUCCUUGUGACAUAAGCUCUCUUCUUCCUCCUCAGCCUGCAGCUGUCUUUUCCUCCAGCUCCCCUGCCUGUCUCUCUCAUCACCCUUACUUCACUCACAUUGAUCCCUCUCUUCUGUCUGCAAGGGUCUGUCCCCCUCACUGAUCCCCCUCUAACCUCCCAUUUUUUCUUCUAAUUCCUUCCCCAUCUUGCCCCCUCUGUUAUACACUAUUUAUUUUCUCCUCAUCCCAGCUGUCUCUUUCAUUCUCACUCUCAGACCCACUGUGCAACUGUCUCUUCUCCCCCAUGAUGUCUCUUCCCCUCUCCACCAACUCUCCAAGUCUGUCAUGAGCUCCAAGAAAGUCUCCAGUAACAGCCAGGGCAAAAAAAGCAAGAAGAAGCACAGGAGACAGAAGAAAGCAGCAGAUCGCGAGGUAUCCGGUAUUCCAGAAGCUCGCAGCCCCAGUAUAGACAGCCAGACGGGUUUUCCAGAGCCUUGCCUACAGGAUGUGCCUUUAUCUCCAAAACCACCUCCUACACCGCCAACCCCAGUGCUGCCUCCUCCAGGUCUUCUUGGAUCUGACAAUGAGGAGCAAGAGGACCCUGGAGAUUACUGCAAAGGAGGCUAUUACCCAGUAAAAAUCGGAGACCUCUUUAAUGGCCGAUACCAUGUUGUACGGAAGCUGGGCUGGGGCCACUUCUCCACAGUUUGGCUAUGCUGGGACCUACAAAGAAAACGUUUUGUGGCUCUAAAGGUUGUGAAGAGUGCUUUGCAUUAUACCGAGACAGCCGUGGAUGAGAUUAAACUGCUCAAAUGUGUCAGGGACAGUGACCCAAGUGACCCGAAGCGGGAGAUGAUCGUGCAACUCAUUGAUGAUUUCAAGAUAUCUGGUGUGAAUGGUGUUCAUGUCUGUAUGGUAUUGGAGGUCCUGGGACAUCAACUACUUAAGUGGAUUAUCAAGUCCAACUAUGAAGGCCUUCCUCUUCUUUGUGUCAAGAGCAUCCUGCGACAGGUUUUGCAAGGCCUGGAUUAUUUGCACAGCAAGUGUAAAAUCAUCCAUACCGACAUCAAGCCGGAGAACAUCCUGAUGUGCGUGGACGAAGGGUACAUCCGACGGAUUGCUGCUGAGGCCACCAUCUGGCAACAGUCAGGAGAACCUCCUCCGUCUGGCUCUGCUAUCAGCUCCGCUCCACCCUCACACCACAAUCUGAAUGGGAAGGUUUCUAAGAAUAAGAAGAAGAAGAUGAAACGUCAGCAGAAACGUCAACAGAAGUUGCUAGAAGAACGACUUAGAGACAUUCACAGCAUGGAGGACCUGGGUGGGCUGGAACAAGAGUCUAAUGCAUCCUACCUUAACCACAACCAGAUAAACCAUGACUUAAAUGGAAAGUCUGAAGGCACCUCUCAGCUUGCAACUCAACCUGUACCCUCCAUGUCUGGUGAUCAAGAGGGUGCAGACUCUUCUUUUGGAAGUGGAGGAACCACAUGCCUUGCUCAGAGCCCCCAAUCAUCAAGCAUGUAUGAGAACUGCAAUGGGUACAGUGUUUGUCCUCGUGGUGUCAGUCCAGACACUCACACCUCAGGCUUUUCCAGCUCUGCUUUUUCUGCAACAUCGGGCUCUGCCAUAUCUGGAUACUCCACGGGUCGAGAAAGAGGAGGCCUUCUUUCUCCAGGCUUCUCUUUCAGAUCUGCAGAUUUCCUAGUUAAUCCCCUGGAUCCACAAAACGCGGACAAAAUUGAAGUCAAGCUUGCCGACUUGGGGAACGCAUGCUGGGUGCACAAACAUUUCACUGAAGACAUUCAGACAAGACAAUAUCGCGCCUUAGAGGUUUUAAUAGGAGCUGGUUAUGGAACACCUGCAGAUAUAUGGAGUACUGCAUGUAUGGCUUUUGAACUGGUGACUGGAGAUUACCUGUUUGAGCCGCACUCAGGGGAAGAUUAUACACGUGAUGAAGAUCACAUUGCACACAUCAUUGAGCUUCUUGGGGAUAUCCCUCCACAUUUUGCACUGUCGGGACGUUACUCCAGAGAGUACUUCACAAGAAGAGGUGAACUAAGGCACAUACAGAACCUAAAGCACUGGGGACUCUUCGAAGUUCUGGUGGAGAAAUACGAGUGGUCACUGGAAGAAGCUACUCAGUUUUCAGACUUUCUGCUUCCCAUGUUGGAAUUCCUUCCAGAAAAGAGAGCCACAGCCUCACAGUGCCUCCAGCACCCGUGGCUUAACUCCUAAACCAAGCUGUGAAUGUCCCUGACCACAGCCGAGUACAUACGGACAGAAUAUUGAGGAACAUAUUCCACUAAGGGGGCACCCACUAUGUUAAGACUUGGACAUGGCUUUAGGUGUACAGGAAAAGGUCAUAAUAAGUAUUCUGGAUUGUUAAAUAUUUGCAAUAGUUAAUCUAUCAGCUGCAGAGCAUCCAGAGCAGAAAGGAAAGUCACCAUUACUAGUACAGAUAUAUGACAAAGGCUGCUUUAAUUUAGUCUUCCACUAAUUAAACUGGAGCAAAAACGCUUGCUGAACGACCGGAUGAAAACGUAUCUACAGGAGUUCAGAUGAAGUUUUUUUUUAUAUAACCCAGUUUUUAUGUUGAAAGACUGCUAAUCGGAUGUGACAGAUGUUUUUAUACAACGUAAAAUGCAAAAGCCAAAACGGGAUGUGGCUUUAAAAGGACAAUCCACCGAGGGACAAAAUAGCUGUACGUUUCAGUAAGUAAUUUGUUUUCCUGUGAAGCACUCUGUGCACCUCAAAGUAUUAUGUGUAACGAGAUCCAGCAGCUAUUUCUUGCUGCUGAUGUAAGGAGUCACUUGCUUGGCAACAAAGACGUAUACGAUUAGUCAUUUUGCAGUGUUUUAGCAGUGACUUGCCACACUCUGUAAAGUGCACUAUACACAGGAAGAAAUGUUAUUAAUGACAGAAGUACGUAUGUGAGAGGUAGAUUCACAGAAACAACAGUCAGAAAUACAACUUUUUUUUUUUAUAUAGCUGUAGCUUGUUAUGAGAAAUGAGGUUUGUGGUGUGACUGUUCUAAAAAAUGAAGAAUUCCAAACUUUGUUAUGCCACAACAAGCUCUGCCCGUCAGUUGGCCCCAAACAGGGUCAGUACCGGAGUUAAAUAUGAUACAGGAAUUAUAAGUAAGUGGGUACAAUAAAAUGUAAAAACCUAAAACAUUGUAAAGCACCCAGGUUUAUUAGGGCUGCUUGGCAAAUCUUGUUUAUUGGGAUUUAUUUUCAAAACAAAUUUUAGUGAAAUUAAACAUUUAUGUAUAAAUUACUGGUUUGCAAAAAAACUUUGCAACACAUCUAUAGUCACAGCUUGACUCUCUUGCCUAAUUUUUGCAAUUCAGUUAUCAAUUCAAUACAAUGCAGUGUUCAGGGAAUAAACCCCAUUUACCACCCCUCCUCACAAGUCACCAUGUACUCCUGCCUGCUGAACCCUUUCCAUUACCAUCCCUGUAACAUACUUUUCAUCAUAUGAACAUCCAAGAAUGAACAGAACUGGAGAUAUUUUCAGUUGAAAACCAGAAAACAAAUGAAAAAUGGCACUCUUGCCUUCUUUGUGUGGAGGAAUAAAAAAGGAGAUAAAGUUUGGUUUUUGAGUGGGGAAAUGACGACACAGAUGUAAUAAAUUACAUUUUGCUGAAUUUUAUUGGAAAUUAUCAGAAAUCUGCAUUCUCUAAAAACAAUUUGUCAAUUGUCGACCGAAAUCUAUUUGACGGAUUGCCUCCCUCCCCCUUUGGUUUUUAUGGUACAUUAAUGUUAACAGUACCGCCCACUGUUCAGCAAGUACACGGUUGUGGUAUUCCUAUAGAGGCUGUAAUACUCUUGAUGGAUGGGUACACACAAAAAUAAAAAGCCCCUGUUGGCACAAAUUUCUCAGAAGUAUAAUACAAGCUUUUCUCAAAUUCCAUCUUGUUUUAACUCCAAACUGAAUUUUAGAACACACCAGUUCUCAAAGCAGUACUCAAGAAAUAUCAACACACAUGGCAAUAACCAGUUGUGGGAUGUCAGUGAUAUUUGAACAAUUAGUGGUCGAGAAAAGAAAAAGCCACGGAGCAAGCCAACAUUCUGCAACCUCCAUGUUCCCAUCUUCUCAAAAAAGGAUUGUAUACCUAUUCCCAAUGAACUGCGUGUAGUCCUAAAACAUGUGCCAUUGUCCUAAUCCUCACACAGGCACUCAUUAAAACACAAACAUAAUUUUAACUUCUUCCUGUUACUCAUCCAAGGGCAGACUGUUAUUUUUAAGUUAAUGCGUUUUUCUAUAUAUUCAUUCAGGAUGGAAAAUUUUAUUUACUAAACACUACAAUGGAAACCGAAUUGCAAAGUUUAGGCAAAACAUGCUAAUUUUGAAAAAAUUGUUUAAGUCAUCUAUAGUCACAGUUUAGCGAUUUUAGACUACAUUUUGCAAUUUGGUUUUCAAUUCACUGUUGAGUGAAUACAAAUAAAUGAAUCUUUAUCUCCCAAGAUGGUUGCAGUGUAUUUGUGCAGCAAUAGUUAUUGAAAUAAAUCAAUUCAUAGUAUUAUGCAGAUACGUUAAUAUCAGGGAUGGCCAAAGUAUAGAUACCCAGCUGAUGUAGAAACUAUGGCUGGCAAAGCAUCAUGGGCUUCCUCAGCUGAGAAUCUACUUUGUGAAUUCCCCCCUGUAAUAAGUAAUCUGCAUGAUGAUCGAUGUAAACGUCAUAACAAGUGGCGUCAUCACAAGCAGUAUCACUGCCGUACGCAAGGACGUCACACGCUCAGUUGAUUAUGACAAAUAAGCUAAGGCAUAAUCAGAGGGAAAUUUGAUUAUUGACGUAUGUGAAAGUUGCAGCCCGAAUUGUGUUAGUGUGUGUCUGAGUGCUGCAGGUAUCUGUCUAUGAAACAGAACUCUGUGUUACCUUGUUUGGAAUGUGCGUAUAUUGUCAUUAAACGGAUAUAAAGAAGAA